GAUGAGAGAGUCCUGCCCCCAGUGUUAUGGGAUCAGCUCCUGUGCGCGUGCGUCAGAGUGGGUGGUGUCGUCGGGAGCGCCGGUUAUAAACUCUUUAACUAGUCUGCGUUGGGGAGGGAGGAAGCACAAGCAGCGGCGAUGCAUGGAAGUGAGCAGAAGAAGAGGCAUCUGUUGCAGUCAGGACGCUCAGCGAGCAUGGCUCAUUCGGAGAGCUGUGAGUGCGGCGGCGAGCGGCGCCACCCGAGCAUUCUCUACAGCCUGCUGAAGAAGGAGAGCGCCCCGUGCGCGUCCGCGCGAGCGCCUCGCAGCGCCAGGCUCGCCGUGGCGGCGCGCACGUGCGCGUGCGGGGUCGCGAGGCCUGUAGCGCUGCGCUCUCCGCACGCGACGUGCGCCGCGGCCUCGGCCGUGCUCGCCAAGACGCUGCGCUUCGUCAAGAGCGUGCCGUGUUUCGGUGAGCUGCCCGCCUGCGAUCAGCGCGCGCUGGUGCGCAGUGGCUGGGCGCCGUUGCUGGUGCUCGGAAUGGCGCAGGACGGACUGGACUUCGAGACGCGCGAGAGCGCCGAGCCCAGCAUGCUGCAGCGCCUCCUCACCGGCGCGCACGAGCGGCCCGACAGCCCGCGCGACCACGGCGCAAACGUCAUUAACGGCGGCGGAGGAGUGGCGCUGGCCGAGGCGCAGGGCAUUAAAGCGUUCCUCAGCAAGUGCUGGGACCUCGACAUCAGCACCAAGGAAUACGCCUACUUAAAAGGAGCCAUUCUGUUUAACCCAGACAUUGCUGGACUGCAGUGUCAGCACUACAUCCAGGCUCUGCAGAGCGAAGCGCACCAGGCUCUUAAUGAACAUGUCAAACUGAUUCACCGAGGAGACACCACGAGGUUUGCCAAACUCUUCAUUGCCCUCUCAAUGCUACGAUCCAUCAACGCCAACGUCGUGGCAGGGCUCUUCUUCAGACCCGUCACUGGCACAGUAAACAUGGAAGAACUUCUCCUCGAGAUGUUUUACGGAAAGUAGAAAGCCGCACGCCUUUGCGGACCUGAGACAUGGCCACAGGCUUUCACACACACACAAAUUUUUACACAUGCUAUUUUUGUACAAUAUUUCCUUGGACUGUAUUCCCUUAUUGCCUUCUGAGUUGAACUCAUUGCUGAAUCCAAAAUCUGACUUUAUCGUCUUUUGGGGAAAUAGCUUUACAUUGUUUUCUUCAAUUGAUUCGCUUUUCUGUGUUGUUUUGUACAGCCAUAUUAUGAAAAAGGCUAUUUAUUUGAGUAUAUUUAAACUAUAGAAACUGUCCUAAGCCUUUGUUUUUAUUGUUACAUUGACCACAAUGAACAGUGCACACAUGCAUAUAUUCCAACACAACCUUUAUAUAGUUAUGGAUUCCGGUUUUCUGCAUUGACAAAGGUUACUCGGAUUAAGUAAGUGUCAAAGUGAUUGCAAACUGAAAAAAAAUAGAAAAUAAAAAUGAAUGAGAAAGUGAAAGUGUCUUACCAGAAGAGGGCAAUGUGAGCCCACAAACCUGGAGCUCGAAAGCGAAGCAGUAAAACAUCUCUGAGGGCAGAGUACACCUUCAAAUUUAUAUUUCAUUAUUUCAGCCAAAAUGCAUAUCAGUUUUAACAAACUACCAUUUGACCAAACAAAGUGCGUGAACAAAGGCACUGGAGUGUAAAACACUGUGUUGUGUCCUUGUGACAGGAUUGGAUAUGCUUGGAUGAUUUGGGACAGGACACCAUAUGUUGGUCUCUGAAAGCAUUAGUCAUAGCAGUGUAAAGUAAAAUGUCUGAUAGGACAGCAGAAUGCUUAUGGCAACCUGGCACCUUGACUUUUUUUUUUUGAGAGAGAGAUAUGAAGAAAAUAUUAAAACAAUAGCCUGAAAUA